GGCUAUCUUUUCUAAAAUAUUUUUUCUUUUGUGGAUUUCUAAUUUCUUAUAGUUAUGUGCUCUUUUUAUUUUUAUUUUUUAUAUCAGGCUUCUAGUUCUUUCUCUUCGUACUGCAUAGGAAUAAAGUUUGAACCUUUUUAGUAAGUUAGAGGAAAGGUUGGAUCCAAUCAAUUUUUGAGGUUUAGCUGUGUUUGUUUAGUCCAUAAAAAAUGUACAUUGAAGAAUUGAAGGAGGGGGGAGUAGUAAACAAGGAGGAUCAGUUUUGUGAUGAUACUUGUCAAGGUUCAUUGGCUGUUUUGGACACGAAGAGGGCUUUGGUCGGAGCAGGGGCUCGUGUGCUUUUUUAUCCCACAUUGCUGUAUAAUGUUAUGAGAAACAAGAUACAGAAUGAGUUCAGAUGGUGGGAUAGGGUUGAUAAGUUCAUACUGUUAGGAGCUGUUCCAUUUCCUGCUGAUGUCCCUCGCUUGAAGGCUCUAGGUGUGGCUGGAGUGGUUACCUUGAACGAACCAUAUGAGUCUUUGGUCUCAACAUCAUUAUAUUUUGAUCAUGGCAUCAAUCACUUGGUGAUUCCUACCAGAGACUAUCUUUUUGCACCAUCAGAUGGAGAUAUCGACCGAGCUAUAGAAUUCAUCCACGGUAAUGCAUUUUGUGGUAAGACAACAUACGUCCACUGUAAGGCCGGUCGUGGCCGUAGUACAACCAUUGUCAUCUGCUACCUGGUCAAGCACAAGGACAUGACGCCUGAGGCUGCUUAUGAUUACGUCAGAUCCAUCAGACCAAGGGUGUUGUUGGCCUCCUCUCAGUGGCAGGCUAUUCAAGAAUACUAUGCAAGAGUUAAAAAUAGUGAUAGUGAUAUCUGUGGAGAUGAUAAUUCAUCGGAAGAAUUUGACUUUCCAACACAAAAAGAAAUUGCUGCCUUUGAUGAUGGUUCAGUUGUUCUAGUCUCCGAAUCUGACCUUGAUGGGUAUGAUGAAAACGUUGAGUCAGGUCUAACACGUAAUGAAGUGUUAGUGGAUUUAAACCUUGCGUGUAGAGGAGUUCAGGUUGCUCGCCAGGCAGCAGUUUCCCGGCUUUCACUCUUCUGGCUUCGCUAUCAUUCGACCCAAAAAAUGUCAACGAAGAAGCUGGGAGGUAUUGGCAUUGACAUCCAUGUUUACUGAGAUGCCAUAUAUGUACGUUAAGGGAGACCUUGGUAUUCUCUGUUCUCCUUUUUGAUGAUGGUAAUGUUAGAUGCUUCCUCCCUUUUAACUUAAACCCCUCCCCCUUUUUUCAUAUCUUCUGGGGAGCUACAAGAAAAUUGUUGCAAAUGUAACUCUCAAUGUGAGAAGCCAAGGCUUUCCAUACGUAUGAUUCAGGAAGUGUGCACAAUUUAAUAAUAUGAAGUGUAGGGAAAGAGCAAAACUGUAGUCAGUUGAGUCGUCUUUGAAAGGAAAAGCGUGAGGCAUGUAUUACUGAAUUUAAUUUGCCUAAUGUAAAUCUUUUUAUUUA